UAAUUUUCUCAUUUCUCUCUUUAUGAUUUCUUCUAUUCCUAAACCCAUUUCAAAUAAAACAGAACAAUACACAUCAAUUCCCCAUUUCCCUGCUUGUCUAGGUGGUCAAUGGAAGAAUCUAACCACAACACCCUAUUUGAAGACAACCAUGAAAUUUAGAGCAGGCACUUCUUUACCUCCUCAUCAUUUCCCUUGCAUGGCUCGUAUUACUGUGUUGUCUGGGUCAAUUCAGAUUGAUGAUUUACAGACAAGCCAAGCCUAUAUGUUACAUGCAACAGAAGAUUGUGUGAUUCCUGCUUUAUUAGUACAUGAAAUUCAAUUCUUGGAAGAUGUCGAAUUUGAAUUUGAAUUAAAUUCAAAAGAAAUGAUUGUUUAUUGGGAUCUUGAAGAACGAUAAAAUAAAGCAGGAUAUUCGGUGUUUCAAAUAUUUCUCUCUUUCUUUUUUCUUUAAAGAUAAUGUCACAAAAAGAGACACCACUUUUGUCUGAACAACAAGUCAAAGAUAUGCGUGCUGGUAUAUAUAUAUAUAUAUAUAUAUAUUUAUAAAAAGGACAUAAUCAUGAUGCUUAUUGUUAAUUAGACCAACGUUUUUUAAAAAAA